AUGCAAACAACAUUGUUUGAAACUUUCCGCAAGGCAGACAACUCAUCGGCUCUCGCUCGGCAUCAGGUGAAGGUGUUCUUCUUCGCACUUCUAGGGAUGACCAUGUGGCAAUUCCUUCUAGAGUAUGUCUUCCAAUUCACCUCAUCCUUAGCCUUCCUCUGUUGGGUGGCACCUCGCAAUCCGGUCGUAAACUCCAUUGGCUCAGGUCUUGGUGGCAUGGGCUUCCUCAAUCUCUCGUUGGAUUGGUCAAACGUGAACUGGAAUGGUUCCUCAAUCAUGAUGACCCCAUACUGGACGCAGGUCAUCUUGUUCUUGGCUUUUGCUUUCAAUUGCUGGGUUCUACUUCCUGCAGCGAAGUGCGGGAAUCUAUUCCUAGCAAAUGGUACUUCCUACCCGGUGCUCGAAGUUCUCACUGCAGACUAUCACCUGAACACGACCGCUUACGAGGAGUAUGGGCCGAUGUAUAUGGGGUUGCAAAAUGUUUCCAGGAAUGUCAGAAAAAUCUGGUCAUCUCGAAAAGCAGAGAAAUCCAGGAAGAACGAAGGCAUUCAUCACCAGUAUCAUGACCGCCUCAACGUUAUCCAGAGACAAUACAAAGAGAUUCCAUGGUGGUGGUAUGCUACCCUAUUUUCGGUAGCCUUUGUCAUUCUGGUCAUAUUUCUCGCACUUGGCCAUCUCUUCAUCCAAAUUUGGACCUUGUUUGGGGCACUCGCGAGUGCUGCAGUCCUGGUCAUCCCGUUUGCUUGGCUUUACGCCAUCCCUAACUACCGGCUUGAGACUAGCUCUUUCAACGAACUCAUGUAUAGCUACAUGAUUCACACAAAAGCCGGCGAGGCUCACCAACACCCCUGUGGUCUUUCUGUCUAUGGGUCUAUUGCGGGUGACGCCUGGUAUCUUUUCUUCUCUCAGAUUUUCGGCACUUGCAUGGGUGUUCCAAUCAACUAUGCCGUCAUUAUUGGAUCAUGGACAACAAAGGAGAUUACAAAAAAAUGGAUCCACUAA